UCCAGUUUGACACAGCUGGCUGCCAUCGGUAUUGCGUAUUUUCGAGAAAAAUAUAAUUUUACUUGAUUUGGAGGCUUUAAUAUAAUUUACAAAAGUUCCCAUACACAUUUGGCCCCGGCAUUUGCACGUGGUAAACUUGUUAUUUUGCUGAAGAUAUGGUGGUUUUCACAUGCGGACAUUGUGGAGAGUCGGUGCAGAAGCCUAAAGUGGAAAAACAUUAUCUAACGAAAUGUAGAAACCGGAAUCCCAAUUUAUCUUGCAUGGAUUGCUUUAAAGACUUUCUGGGUAAUGCCUAUGAAUCACACACUAAAUGUAUAACAGAAGAGGAACGUUACUCUGGAAAGGGUUUUAUGGCAAAGGAAAAAAAAGGUGAGAGAAAACAGAACACUUGGGUAGAAAUGGUGCAAUCCGUCUUAGAUGAACAGAAGAAUAUCCCUGGCAAUGUUCAAAGGAUUAUCGAGACUGUUAGCAAACACAAUAAUACUCCUAGGAAGAAACCUAAAUUCUUUAACUUUGUCAAAAAUGUUUGUGGACCAAAAACAAGUCCUAAAGAUAUUGACCAGGCUUGGGAUUUGAUUUCUGUAAAGCUUACUGCUCUUUCAAAUGCUAACGCCAAUAAUAGGAAUCAAAAUCAAAAUAAUACGUCUGCUGAAGUUAAUGGAAAAUCUGAGGAAAAAAGUGAAGGCGAUGAAGUAGUUAAUGGCGACAGUGAAGAAAUGGAUAAAGUAAAUGGUACUGCAGAAGAUACAAAUGAAGAUGAUGAAACGCAAAAUCAAGCUAAUGAUGAAGGGGAGGGAGAACAUAAAAAUAAGAAAAUGUCCAAAAAACAACGUAAAGAAGAAAAGAAACGUAAAAAAUAUGAGGCAGAGUUACAAAGUGCUGUUGAGGCCCCAGAAGAAGAAGAAGAAGAAGUAGAAGAGACUCAGCAGUCAAAGAAAGGUAAAAAGAAAAAGACUAAGAGUGAAUCUAGCAAUGGCGACAUACAAGAAGCACAACAGGAUGGUAAAAACAAGAACAAGAAACGAAAACGACAAGACACUGUUAAUAGUGUUCCUGAAGUACAAGAGAAGGAUAAUGAGAAUAUUGAAAAUGAGCCAAUAAUUACUAAGACUUCAAAGAAAAAAUUAAAGAUGAAAGAAGACGAGGACCUGGAAGAGAGCAUCUGUUUGCAUGACCAGAAUGUUGCUAAAAUUGAAGAGUUGACAAUGAGCAGUGACAAAUUCAAUUGGCAUGCGGUUAUCAUGUCUGUUUUGCAGAAGAAAGGUAAUGAGCUACCAUUUAAACGCUUGCAAAAGAAGGUGUUAAUGGAAUACAGUGAAGCAACAGGGCGUGAAGUAGAUGAUCGUAUUGCUGAGAAAUUCAUAAAGAAGUUAAAAAGUGCCCCCAAUGUAAGAGUAGAUAAAAACAGGGUAAUGCUUUUGGAUUAAUACAUAGCAUUUGAAGAUUUGAAGGCCAUUUGUGAUGGACCACUUGGAACUGAGUUACUGUGGUGCAACAGGAAUGAAAGAUUAAACAUUAUCUGUUUACUAUCGAAAUAAUAGUAGCAUGCUACAAAAACAGCUGAUGUUUUUCUUCAUUAGCAGUAGCACGCUGAUAGAGAUUGUAUUACUGUGUAAUGCAAGAAAAUAAGUUUUUGUUGCACCACAAUAUUUUGGUACAAAAAAGUGGGUAAAAAAAGUGUCAAUACUUUCAGGCCUUGUUCAGAAUGUAAAUGUUUAUGUUUAUGACACAAUACCACCUAAUAAAAAUACUUUGUAACAAUUAUAUAACUGUAUGUGCAUGAAUGACACAAAUUUCAGUAAACCAGAACUAUGAAAUAGUGCUGGUGAACUAUCAAUAGAUUUACAACGGAUCUUGAUCUAACAGCAUCAAUAGUUGACUAUCGAUCGGCAACACUAGAUGAAAUACCUAGUGGUGCUAAACUUUCUAUAAACAUAUAUAAUUUAGUACUUAUUCUUUACUGUUUAACUGUGUUUAUCAUAUAAAAUUGAUAAUUUCUGUAAGUUACAACACUACUGAAAUAAAGUAGAAUUUUGUUUUA